AUGGAGAGAAGACAGGGAAGGGAAGGCGGCAAGGGGGUGGCAGGGCAGGAGCCGAGUGGUGGGGGGCUGAGGCUGAGGAGAGAGAUUGGCCUGUGGAGUGCCGUGUCCCUGAUUGCUGGCUGUAUGAUCGGCUCGGGCAUCUUCAUGUCACCACAGGGGGUCUUGGUCUACAUGGGCAGCCCUGGGGCCAGUCUUGUGGUCUGGGCAGUCUGCGGCCUCCUGGCCAUGCUAGGUGCCCUUUGCUAUGCUGAGCUGGGUGCCCUGAUCCCCGAAUCUGGAGGGGAGUAUGCCUACAUCUUGCGAAUCUUUGGCUCCUUGCCAGCCUUCCUGGUCAUCUACACGUUUGUGCUGGUGGGCAGACCGGCUGCCAUCGCUGCUGUCUCUCUGAGCUUUGCUGAGUAUGCUGUGGCCCCCUUUUUCCCCGGUUGCUCCUCACUGCCCCAGGCUGUGCUCAAGAGUGUGGCUGCUAUCUGCAUUCUGUUGCUGGUGCUGGUCAACUGCUGGAGCUCACGGCUGGCCACCAUGCUGAUGAACGUGUGCACGGUUGCCAAAGUGUUCUCAAUGCUGCUCAUCAUGGCAGGUGGGGCCAUGGUGCUGGGCCAGGGCCGUGCCAGCACAGCCUUUCAGUCUGCCUUCCACAAUACGACACAGCAGGUGGGGUGCAUCAGCAUGGCCUUCUACCAGGGCCUAUGGUCCUUUGAUGGCUGGAGUAACCUCAACUAUGUUAUGGAGGAGCUCAAGAAUCCAAAACAGAACCUGGCAUGGGCGCUGAUGAUUGCCAUCCCCCUGGUCACCAGCCUGUACAUCCUGGUCAACAUCAGUUAUCUGCUGGUGUUGUCACCCAAAGAGAUCCUUUCCUCUGAUGUUAUGGCUGUGAGCUGGGGGAACCAGGUUCUGGGGGCCUGGGCCUGGCUGGUGCCUGUGGCUGUCACACUCUCAACAUUUGGCUCUGCCAAUGGGACGUUUUUCAGCGGAAGCCGUCUAUGCUACGUGGCUGCGAGAGAGGGCCACAUGCCCCAGCUGCUGUCCAUGGUUCACGUGCAUCGCUUCAUGCCGACUCCAGCCCUGAUGUUCACCACGGCAGUGGCUUUGGCCCUGGUCCUCCCUGGAAACUUCAGCAUCAUUGUGAACUUCUUGAGCUUCAUCGGCUGGAUCGUCUAUGGAACCACCAUUAGCUGUCUCCUAUACUUGCGGAUGAAGAAGAAGAAUCUUCCCCGGCCUUACAAGGUCCCCACUCUCAUCCCUGUCAUCGUGCUCCUUGCUUCUCUCUGCCUGGUGCUGGCACCCAUCGUCGACCAUCCUCAGAUAGAGUUCCUGUACAUCUUCUUGUUCCUGCUCAGUGGCCUCCCCGUCUAUUUCUUAUUUGUCUACUCUCGGUGCCAGCCCAGGUGUUUGCAGGUAGCCACCUUGCAUCUCCAGCUGCUCCUGGAAGUUGCUCCGAACAUUAAAAACGAUUGAAGGCCUGGACAGGUCUGCAUUGCCCUCUUUGCUGCAGACACCUCUAGCCCCACACAAGUGGUGUUCCCAGAUUCUCUGUAGGUUGAGUGUGCAUAAUUCUAAUUCUAAGAUUCUAAAGUGCUAGAGCACAGUCAUUGUGGAGGUUUGGGGUGUCUAAUGAGGACAACACCCCCAGCUUCCCUAAGAACUGCUCCUUCACCACAGGCGGAUCUCAGAGCCAUACUGGUGUUACGUGACUGCCUCUCUGGGUCAAAGCUAUUUGAUAUUAUAGGUGGGCACCAUGAAUACAUUCUCUUCUUUUGGGAUUUUGGAAUUAGAAUUCUGAUGGUUGCUUGAUCUGAGGAAUCUUGGGAUCUGUGUGGUGCCAUCUUCCAUCAUGUGGGCAGAGAUGUACAGAAAGCCACUGUGGGAGAAGAAUGAAGAAGCUACACAGCAAGAUGGUGUUGAGCAAUGAUGUGUCCCCAAGAGGUGGGGGGAAAUCCUGGGAGGGCAGCAGCCUGGAUGCAAAGCUGUUUUUCAGUUCUGGUCUCUGUCCUGUGGUCCAACCACCAUCUAACUGUCCUUCCUGCUUUUUGAUUGUCUGGGACAACCUGAAACCUUACAAUAAAUUUCCAA